UGCAAAAGGAAGGAAGGAUCAAGGAGAGGAGGAGGAGGAGGAGCCCAUGAAGCCAGUUGGUCUGUGCUCGAGAAAUCUUUCUCCGUGGACUCUUCCAGUGCUUAAAUGCUCCCCGGACCUUCUGAGCAUCUGGAUCCAGACAUCCAAGAGCGUGUCAUCCCGGAUUCCCUGGACGGGCUCUCAGGCUGCCCACAAUGCAUCGACCCCACCCCACCCCAUCACCCCCCUGGAUUUGAGGCCGUUAGUGGGGGAGAUGCUUGAAGUUGACCUCAUCUGGACGCCUGACUCAUCUCCAGGGAGACCUGCACUUGCAGCAACCUUUCCAUUGGCAUGAUUGAGGCCUAACAAAAUGGACUCUCAAGGUUCACGUCUUCAGGAUGACCCCGAUGUCAGGGUGUUGAUGACAGGGUCUACUUUGAGGAAGGUCAAGUCCCGUAUGUGGAAGAAGCCAAGGCAUUUCCGACUCCUGGAGGACGGUCUGAGUAUCUGGUACAAGUCCAGAUGGCUGGGAAAAGGCCACUCCACUUUCUCAGUGAGUGAGGUGGAGGCGGUGCGCGAGGGCCACCACUCCGAGGUCUUGCAGAGCAUCACGGACGAGUUCUCGGCUGACCUCUGUUUCACCUUGGUAUUUCACGGUCGCCAAGGCAACCUGGACCUCGUGGCCGAGUCCCCAGAGGAGGCCCGAGCCUGGAUCCGGGGAUUGCGCAAGCUCAUUCACAGGGCUAGAACCAUGGAUGAGAAGCAAAGACUGGAUCAGUGGGUCCAAGACUGGUUUCACAAGGCCGACAAAAACAACGACGGGAAGAUGAACUUCAAAGAAGUUCGGAAGCUGUUGAAGAUGAUGAAUGUGGACAUGAAUGAGGAACAUGCUCUCCAUCUCUUCACGAUGGCUGACCGAUCACAGAGCGGCUCUCUGGAGCUCGAGCAGUUUGUCCUCUUCUACAAGAUGUUAACCCAGAGGGAUGAAGUGUGGCGGGUAUUCCAGGACUACUCCGGAGACGGCGAGACGUUAAUGCUGGAGGAGCUGGAGAACUUCCUGAACGUAGAGCAGCAGGAGGGAGAAGGCAGCGCUCAACAUGCCAGACAGCUGAUGGAGCACUAUGACCCAUCGGGAUCAGCCAAGAAGCAAGGCACCAUGUCCCUAGACAGCUUCCAGAUCUACCUGUGCUCUCCAGAGGGCUCCAUAUUCAAACCUGACUGUCUGGGUCUCUACCAGGACAUGAGCCAGCCGCUGAGCCACUACUUCAUCUCCUCCUCACACAACACCUACCUGAUGGAGGACCAGCUGCGAGGCCAGAGCAGCCUGGAGGCCUACAUCCAGGCCCUUAAGAGAGGCUGUCGCUGCGUGGAGGUGGAUUGCUGGGAUGGCAGUGACGGGGAGCCGGUGGUGUAUCACGGCCACACAUUCACCUCCAAGAUCCUCUUCAAGGACAUCAUUGCAACACUGAAAGAAUAUGCCUUCACGACAUCCGACUUCCCGGUCAUCUUGUCCCUUGAGAAUCAUUGCAGUGUGGAGCAGCAGACAGUCAUGGCUCAUCACCUGAACAAGAUUUUGGGUGACACAUUGCUAAGGAACAUUUUAGACGGGCACACUACCCCUCAGUGUCUCCCUUCUCCACAGGAGCUCAAAGGAAAGGUUUUGCUGAAAGCCAAGAAAAUUGGCGAUGCAGAGGGGUCCCUGGACAGAAUGCUUACAGAUGACAUUAGCGACGACGACGGGCUGACCAACGGUGAAGCUGUAGAAGAAGAGUCCAAACUCUCACGGGAGCUAUCCGAUCUGGUGGUUUACUGCAAGAGCGUCCACUUCCGUGGUUUUAAAGGCACCCCUUUACACACCAAAUGCAACGAGAUGUCCUCAUUUUCCGAGUCCAAGGCCAAGAGGCUCGCGAAGGAAGCAGGAGCAGACUUUGUGCGGCAUAAUGUAAAACAGCUAAGCAGGAUUUACCCUAGUGGUCUUAGGACUGACUCCUCAAACUAUAACCCCCAGGAAUUGUGGAAUGUGGGAUGCCAGAUAGUGGCUCUGAACUUCCAGACAGCGGGUCUGGAGAUGGACCUGAACGACGGGCUCUUCGGACAGAACGGACGCUGCGGUUACGUGCUCAAACCGAGCUUCAUGAGAGACAAACACACAACAUUCAACCUGGAGGAACCCCAAGAGCAGCCGGGCUACAAACCUCUGCGCUUAUCCAUCCAGGUGAUAAGUGGGCAGCAGCUACCAAAGGUGAACCAGAAAGAAGGCUCCAUUGUAGACCCCUUGGUCAGGGUGGAGGUAUACGGCGUACCGCAGGACCAGACCAAGGAGGAGACCAGUCACAUACACAACAACGGAUUUAACCCUGUGUGGAAUCAGACUUUGAAUUUUGUCAUUCACACUCCCCAUCUGGCUAUGGUUCGCUUUGUGGUGGAAGAUUACGACAAGACAUCCAAAAAUGACUUCAUCGGACAGUACACAUUGCCGUUUAUGUGCAUCCAAACAGGAUAUCGUCACAUUCAUCUGCUCUCAAGAGACGGGACGGCCAUCCCGCCAGCGUCACUGUUUGUUUUUAUCAGUAUCUCGAAACGCACAUGAACUGCUUAACCCUCCUGUUUAAUUUUGGUUCGCAUUAACAUCAAUCCUCUUCCUGCGUCAAUUUGACCCGGGGGCUUGCUUAAUUACAGAAAGUGGCUGAAACAAAAACAAAAAAACCCAAUAAACACUGUCCACAUGUCACGAUUACUGCUACUUAUAUUAGUAACCUUUCAAAUCAACACUGCAGUUUCUUUCACAGGUGAUAAUUAAAGGGGCAUAAUUCAUGUUUUUCAUUGUAAACAUGCCUUUUAAAACCAAAUUUUUCAGUUUUUACAAACAUGUGAAAUAAACUAUUUAUUGGAUGUUGAUAGGUGCAUCUUAAUAAAUUGGAAUACUGUGGAAAAGUACAGUAUGUAGUUUCAAUUCAAAACGUGAAACUCAUAGAUUCAUUAAACACAUGGAAAUGAUGGCCAAUUCCUACGUAAUUUCUAUAUUAAAAGUCAUUUAGAUUAUGUUUGUGAAUUUUGCGUUUUCAUUAGCUGUAAACUAUAAUCUUCAAAAUAAUAAUAAACAAAUUUAAAUAUUUAACUUAGUAGUGAAUCUACUGUAUAAUGAGUUUCACAUUAGGAAUUGAACUACUGAAACAAAUUAUAUAGUCUAAUUUAUUACGCCAAGUAGAUGUGUAAUGCAGCCUAACAGGAGAUUUAAGUAAGUCUGGUUCGACAUUACAAUUCCAGUGUAUCCAUGAAGAAUUAAAAAAAAAAAAAAGAAAGUAUGUUUGGGAUGUCAGAAGGGGCAUUUUCCAAAAUAUUGCCCAAGGGAUUUGACGUUUAAUAUAAACAUGGACAACAUUUGGAACUGGGUAAUGGUUCUAUCAUAGGAAAAUUUCCGAGUAGUAUCUGUGCAAUACUACAAUGUUUUAUAUGACAAUCAGUAUUGGCCUUGCUUGAGUAUAUACAAAGGUAACAAAAAGAGUGACAAGCAUCCUUAUUAUCCACCCUUGUUAUUCCUAAACUGUAACACGCCAGCUUGAAUGAGUUGGAUUUAUUCACUUACUCCAUGUAUACAAGGCUUGUUUUGUACAAUUUUGGUAUAUGCAAAUGUUAUUGCAUGCAUAAAGAAAUGAAUGCCAAUUCAGUUUUAUGGCAAUGUUCUGCUCAUUUAUUCACUGUAAAAAAUAUACAUAAUUUUCAAUGACAAUUGACUUUUUGUUUUGGUUAUGUUGCGGGUCAAACUGACCUGUAUUACAAUUUUAAAAAUGCAAAAAAAUAAAAAUAAUGAUUCUGGCCUUGUUCUUUUCUACUUUUUAUUAGAAUUAAAAAAAAAAAAAAAAAAAAAAGAAAACUUAACAUGGUGUAUUAAAUAUAGUAAUCCACGGGCUGCCCUAAAGGGGGGCAGAAAUUCAGCGGGUCACAUUGAACCAUGACUAUUUUUGGUAUACCCCAAAAAAAAAACAGUAACAGGAAGGUUAAUCCAAUUAUGUCAUCCUUAUACUAAGCAAAUAUACUAUAUUCAGUAUGAAGCUGUUGAUUAACCCUCCAAAAAUAUUCAUGGGACAAUGUGACCUGCUAAAUUUCUGCCUAUUUGUCAUUAUAUUCAGAAUAGCAUGUAAAUUCAAAAAUAGUUAAAAAAUUACAGUAAAUCUCCACAUAUUUGUGGUUCACACUUCUCAAUUCACAUAUUCGCAUUUAUUCUGUUGAACCUGUUCCCAGCAGUUUGAUGAAAAACUUUCUGAAACGCUCUAAAAUGACAGAUGGUGACAGAUGGUGCCAAAGCCUUAUCGAAAUAAAAAAGUGGUACUGUACACUAACUGGUCCUACGAAGUAUGUUAAAGUGAUACAUCUCAACUGAGCUUGUACCACUUUGUACGUUCAUCAAGUUGAGCCUGGGUUGUUAGUGGAAGUUGCAGAGUCUUCGUGAUGUACAGGUUUUUUAAAAAU